AUGGCUUUCUUAAGUAAAAUUGGGAAUAUACUCAGACAGACUGCAAACAAGCAGAUCAGAUCUGAAUUAUCUCCUUUCAAACUGUCCAUCCAUCAAGCAGUAAGAUGCAUGUCAAGCAUGGCGAGUUCAAAACUCUUUAUUGGAGGUAUUUCGUACCAGACAGAUGAGCAGAGUCUGAGGGAAGCUUUUGCAAAAUAUGGUGAAGUUAUUGAUGCAAGAAUCAUCAGUGACCGUGAAACUGGUAGAUCUAGAGGAUUUGGGUUCAUCACUUUCACCAGUAGCGAGGAGGCAUCCAGUGCCAUCCAGGCCUUGGAUGGGCAGGAGCUUCAUGGCCGCCGAGUAAGGGUGAAUUAUGCUACUGAUAGGCCUCGCCCUAACUUCGGUGAUGGCGGCUACAACGGAGGUGGUGGAGGUUAUGGCGGCGGCGGUGGUUACGGUGGCGGCGGCGGCGGUUAUGGUGGCGGAGGUAGUUAUGGCGGUGGUGGUUAUGGUGGUGGGAACACUGGUGGAGGAUAUGGUGGAAGUGGAGGUGGCUACAGCAGUGGUGGUAAUUAUCCAAGUGGAAACACUUUUGAAACUGCUAGCACCGGAGGUGCUUUUGGCAAUAGCAGCAAUUUUGGUGUUGCUGGCGGUGUUGGUGGUACUGACAACUUUGUUGGCGGUACUGACAACAGCUUUGGCGGUGGUGGAGCUCAAUUGGGAGAGAACAAAGGUGGUUUCAGCUUGGAUGAUCCAUUGGAAGGAAAUGAUGGGGAUGACAUUGACGGCGGCAACUUUUGCAAGAGGGCUUGA